GCGAUCGGAGGAUUUGCUGGUCGAUGUGCAGCCUGAGUUGGUGCGAGGAGUGCCCAUGAGCAACAUCUUAAGACGCUUUGGGCUAGAAUGGAGACCGGGAAGUCAGCCAGGAUCCUUGUCGUGGAGGCCAGAACUUUCCAAGCAGACGCUGCGCUACAGUUUUUUCUUCAGUCAUGAUUGGGAAACAUCGGGGUGGAUGAAAUACCUGUCACUGGUGAUUUACUUCAACAGCCGAGCAGCCGCAACAGCAACCUGCGUCACGAGCCUGGCACUAGGUGUCCUCGGUGCAUGGACACGAGAUACGCCGGACGGAUGGAUUCUACCCAGGACUGCUUGGUGGACAGUGCUUGGACAUGUGGUUGGAAUGAGUUUCCUGCUCUUCUGGCAACACCUGCGUGAACUUUUCUGCGGGGCCCGCUUUGGCUUUCUUGAUCGUUUGUGUAUACCUCAAGAUGACCCAGAGAAGAAAAACCAAUGCGUCUACGCUCUGGCCUCCUUCUUGAACAAAUCCGACGAUCUCAUCGCGCUGUGGUCUCCGAGAUACUGUCGCCGAUUGUGGUGCAUGUACGAGAUUGCCUGCUUCCUGAUCAAGCGCAAGGACGCGAAUCGAAUCAAGUUCCUGCCCGUGCAAAUUUCCGUCAUAUGGAUCCUGACUUACUUUGCUGUGUCAACGACAUGGCUCUCCUUCUUGCUGGUCCAAAGGUUCGGGAACGAGCUCUUCGACUGGUACGAAACUAGCGGGAAGAUCAACGUUGGGGUAAUGAUUGCAGUUCAGGUUGGGAUCCUGUAUCCGCCCCUGUUUUAUCUCCUGAACCAGAUGCUGUUUGACAUGGCCCAGUUGCCCGAACAGCUGCAAAGUUUCGAUAUCGAGAUAGCCGAAUGCUUCUGCUGCUCUAACAAUCAUCGGCAACCUGUGACUGGAGAGCAGAUCCAAUGUGACCGUGAGCUCAUUUAUGGCGUAUUGCAGCUGUGGUCUUCUGGCAAUAUUGCGUUGGAGGAAGGGAGUGCGCGGCGUAUCCAGCAUGUCUUCAAAAGCCACUUGGACAAGCACUUGCGAGAGUCAGUUGAGCAGGCUUUUACACACAGUGGGAUUCUCAUGCGCCCGUUGAUGUCUGCCGCUGCGAUCGGUUCCUUCCCCUUUUUGUGCGACCUCAUUGGCAAGGAGGGUGCCAGAGUAGUGCAACUCUGGCCGCGCCCGAGUCCGAUCAACAACUUUGGCCUUGCUGUCUACAUGUUGUUUUGGAUGCCGAUCUUCCUCCGCAGUCUUCUGAUGCUAGGCAAAGCCAGCACUUCGUGCUGGAAUCGGUCGUGGUUCAGGUACAUCGUUAUCGCUUGCCAAGCGAUGUCCUUGCUCCUCAUGAGCUUGCUUUUCAUAGUGGGCUAUCUGGUCUGCAUCGCAGCUAGCAAGGAUAAUUGGACGAGAAUGACAUCGCCCAUGGAUCCCCUGCCACUGUACUUGCUCUGCUUAGUUGUCCUUUGCAGUGUGGCUGUCGGUCUGCGUCAUCUAUGCUCCUGCCGGAAGUCAGUCCUGAUCGGAGGCGCACCUUCUACAGGGCGGAAGAAAGCUGUAUCACCGCAGGCGACAUUGGAGUCGUCUGCUGCCAAAGAGGUGCAGGUGCCGGAAGUGAUGGCCUCUGCAUCCGACAUGUCGGAAGAGUCGGACUACUCGGGCUUUGAAAGACCCGAGUCCGGCCUUGGCAGUUGUAAGGCCCUCGUGCCACGAAAGCGAUUGGAGUUCUGCGUUCGCGACACCCGAGAGAUCCACUGUGCGACCCAGAUCACGCACGAUGAGGCCAUGUCCUAUGCAGGAGAUCACAGCCUGAAGGACCUUCGAGUAAGAGCCUUGCAGAUCUACCCGAGGCAGGCUCUCGCUUCUGUCAAUCUUUACUGGGCCGUGUGGGGUUCCCACACCUCAGCCUUGGAGAAAUUCGGCCAUUCAACUUUUUCUAUAGAUUUUCGGCUCGAAGUGCCCAGAUCCUUUAUAGGAAAGGCACCUUCCAUGCGCAAUCUCUCUGAUUCAGACAACGCAGCGUCCGGUGAUUACCCGGGAGAUGUGUCGCGGCUCUUCGUUCCUGCCACAGGAGGUUCUGUCACUGUGCCCAGGCGAUCGGAGGAUUUGCUGGUAGAUGUGCAGCCUGAGUUGGUGCGAGGAGUGCCCAUGAGCAACAUCUUAAGACGCUUUGGGCUAGAAUGGAGACGGGGAAGUCAGCCAGGAUCCUUGUCGUGGAGGACGGAACUUUCCAAGCAGACGCAACGCUACAGUUUUUUCUUCAGUCAUGAUUGGGAAACAUCGGGGUGGAUGAAAUACCUGUCACUGGUGAUUUACUUCAACAGCCGAGCAGCCGCAACAGCAACCUGCGUCACGAGCCUGGCACUAGGUGUCCUCGGUGCAUCGACACGAGAUAUGCCGGACGGAUGGAUUCUGCCCAGGACUGCUUGGAUGACGGUGCUUGGGCAUGUGGUCGGAAUGAGUUUCCUGCUCUUCUGGCAACACCUGCGUGAAUUUUUCUGGGGGAUCCGCUUUAGCUUUCUUGAUCGUUUGUGUAUACCUCAAGAUGACCCAGAGAAGAAAAGCGAAUGCAUUUAUGCCCUGGCCUCCUUCCUGAACAAAUCCGACGAUCUCAUCGUGCUGUGGUACGAGGUUGCCUGCUUCCUGAUUAAGCGCAAGGCUGCCCACCGAAUCAAGUUCCUGCCCGUGCAAAUUUCCGUCAUAUGGAUCCUGACUUACUUUGCUGUGUCAACGACAUGGCUGUCCUUCCUGCUGCUCCAACGGCUCGGGAGUGAGCUCGUAAUUAGUUGGCAUGACUCCACCGGAAGGAUCAACACCGUUGGGGUAAUGAUGGCAGUUCAGGUUGGGAUCCUGUAUCCGCCCCUGUUUUAUCUCCUGAACCAGAUGCUGUUCGACAUGGCCCAGUUGCCCGAACAGCUGCAAGGUUUCGAUAUCGAGACAGCCGAAUGCUUCUGCUGCUCUAACAAUCAUCGGCAAGCUGUGACUGGAGAGCAGAUCCAAUGUGACCGUGAGCUCAUCUAUGGCGUAUUGCAGCUGUGGUCUUCCGGCAAUACUGCGUUGGAGGAAGGGAGUGCGCGGCGUAUCCAGCGUGUCUUCAAAAGCCACUUGGACAAGCACCUGCGAGAGUCAGUCGAGCAGGCUUUUACACACAGUGGGAUUCUCAUGCGCCCGUUGAUGUCUGCCGCUGCGAUCGGUUCCUUCCCCUUUUUGUGCGACUUCAUUGGCAAGGAGGGUGCCAGAGUAGUGCAAGCCUGGCCGCGCCCGAAACCGAUCAACAACUUUGGCCUCGCUGUCUACAUGUUGUUUUGCAUGCCGAUCUUCCUCCGCAGUCUUCUGAUGCUAGGCAAAGCCAGCACUUCGUGCUGGAAUCGGUCUUGGUUCAGGCACGUAAUUAUCGCUUGCCAAGCGGUGUCCUUGCUCCUCAUCGGCUUGCUGUUCAUAGUGGGCUAUCUGGUCUGCAUCGCAGCUAGCAAGGAUAAUUGGACGAGAAUGACAUCGCCCAUGGAUCCCCUGCCACUGUACUUGCUCUGCUUAGUUGUCCUUUGCAGUGUGGCCGUCGGUCUGCGUCAUCUAUGCUCCUGCCGGAAGUCAGUCCUGAUCGGAGGCGCACCUUCUACAGGGCGGAAGAAAGCUGUAUCACCGCAGGCGACAUUGGAGUCGUCUGCUGCCAAAGAGGUGCAGGUGCCGGAAGUGAUGGCCUCUGCAUCCGACAUGUCGGAAGAGUCGACUUUCGAGAUUUGA